CCUGUGCCGGUGUCGGACGUGUCGGUGGUGCUUGAUGUUGGGCUGGAUGCUGCUCUCGCUGUGAUACAAUCACUUGCCCGUUUCAUGGCUGUGUACUUCAGUAACCAGCCUGUGUUUGUGAUGCCCCCUCACCAUAUCGACACCCUGCCAUCUCUGCAUUGCAAAGCAGGUUGCUUUCCCCGAGUGGUCUUCCUGCGGCAGUGCCGUCUCUCACGGGCUGUACGAGAACAGCAGCUGUCCUCCACCUGGAGUGUGAAGUACACAGUCGAACUGCUGCUGCUCAGCCGGCUGGUUCCUGAAGCUGUCUGGUUUGCCUCCUGUCUUGGGGACUGGAAGAGUUCUGUGGUGCUGGGGCUGGCCUUCAGUCUGCACUGCCAAAACCUCCCUGAGCCUAGCAGCCUCUUUCUCCUUGAUCUUGCUGGUCCUUACUUCGUCCAAUAGAAACAUCUUCCCUCCCGAGGAGUUUCCUCAUCCGCACUAAACCUGGACCCCUGCCUUCCCAGGGACCACGCUGGAGCCUGGCCAAGCCCAAGGUAAGAACCCACCAGUGACUCACCCAUUGGUGCUUCUUCAUUCUCCAAUCACAGAUUGUAUCUCUCCUGGUAUGCUGCUGAUUGGCAUCCUGUCAAGCCUAUCAGCAGAGAGUGUGGGACAAAACCAGCCAGUGAUUGGAGGAGCAGGUUCUCCCCAAUGCUGCUGUCUUGUGUGUGGGGAUUUGGGGGAAGAAUUGGGGAUAAGGGUGGGUGUGAGGUGAAGGCUUUGGGUCGGUGUAGAGUGGAGGAUAUGGGUGGGCAUGGAAAGGGAGAUAUGGAUAUGUGUGAUAUGGGGGAAUAUAUUUGGAUAUGGAGUAGGGAACAUGGGUGGGAGUGAACUCAUGAAUACUGGGCCUUUGGAAGAGAUUAAAUGGGCAAGUAGAGUCAAUGAUUAUGGAAUCACAACAGCGUUGAAUCAGGCUAUUCGACCAAUCAAGUCUACACCGACCACCUGAAGAUCAAUCCACAGCCCCAACCCUAUCCCUGUAAGCCUGCAUUUCCCAUGGCUAACCCAGCUAACUUACA